UUACGGCUCUACCAAGGAUCCACAAUUCUUCCAAGACAAGCGAAUGCAAGACAUUCACCAGUCCAUGGGCAUAGAAUAUCACAAUGUCGACAAAAAUUCUACCCGCUUUGUAUUCCCAUUGGGAAGCGAAGUCAAAGAGAGAGCCGUCUUGUUACGAUCUUCAUAUGUCCACCUCGGCCUCAAUUCCAUACCUGAAUCCAGGUUCACCCGCAUCGAGAAAAUAUAUUACCCAGACCAGGAGCUGCUCCUGGAGAGCUUUGUCAAGACCCUUGUAAGAGAGCCUGGACUGAACAUGUGGACUGAAAAGCUGGAAAUGUGGGCCAUUUCAUAUGUCUAUGGUCAGCUCAUGAUCAAUGACAAUGCGUUGGAUUCGAGCUUUGACGAGCAAGCUAAAAUCUGGUUUAAUGACAACAUUCCGAGAUACAGUGGUGGGAUUGAUAGGACGACAGUUACGAAGAGAGUAGGAAGAAAGUGCUAGAGCGCAUAGUAUACCCUGUUAUGUUUCUAUAGCCCUGCCGUAUUCUUCCCUCCGUAAUAUCUAGCUGUCAAUCGAGAAGGCUCUGCCCUAUCGUAGAGCCACUUUGAAAUAAUCUCUACUUUGAUUUCUCUGCCAUGCCGAACAACUAAAUACCCAAGUCGAUAUCGU